UGGUUCAAUCGCCAGACAGAUAGGGUUGAGACCGUGCACUCCUGUCUCACUGGAAUACAUAGCGGACAACCGACGUCCCAGAACCAAACGGUACUACCAAGAUGGGCGAUAUCUCUCACCCUGCCCCGUGUUCUCCAAAUAAUGCCCCUUCAUCAAGCGCGACCGGUAAAAGGAAAUCGGAUAGUGUUCAAAGAGAAGGGCAAGUUAUUAACUCAGAUUCACAGGAUAUCCAGGUGAUAUUGACUGUUCGAAAAACACUGUCUGUUCUGUCUGAUCCUGGAGAUGGGAUAGUUAAUGGUGGUAUGUCGCUGGGGGAUGGUGACCUUGAACCCGGGUCACGAGACUUGAGUCUGGAAACGACGCAUAUAACUACCUCUGCUGUCGUCGAACACGGUGAACGCUGUGCUGAAUCUGUGGAUGUAGCCGACGACAAUGUCGUCACGAUGAGAAAGAGAGGCGGAGUCUCUAAUGGAACCACACAAACCGGUGUCAGACAUCUGGAACAAGAUCAGUACUUGAAGAUCCGGGAAGAUGAGGAAGAGAAGUCAUUGUCGGUAAUAAGCAAGAUCUGCUUCGCUGUCGGUGGCGCCCCCUACCAGAUCUGUUCCACCAUCAUCGGCUUCUACCUCAACAUCUUCCUCCUGGAAGUCGCGCAGAUCUCGCCCGAGUACAUCUCCAUCAUCUUGUUCGGAGGCAAGGCCUGGGAUGCCAUCACUGAUCCGAUGUGUGGCUAUCUCGUCAACAGAACGGAGACCAGAUUCGGCAAGAUGCGACCAUGGAUAAUCCUGUCUGCCCCCUUCGCCUGUGUCACGUACUUCUUCCUGUGGUACGUCCCAGACCUGUCUGACGAGGGGAAGCUGGCCUACUACUUCGUCAUGUUCUGUGCCUUUGAGGGUCUGCUCUCGGGUCUGCACGUGCCAUACACCGCCCUCACGAUGUACAUCAGCAACAACCAGAAGGAGAGAGACUCCGCCACGGCCUACCGAAUGGUGUUUGAGGCGGUAGGAGUUCUCAGCGGCGCCAUCGUACAAGGCAAGCUCAUAGAGGAAUACCGUACAGUGGGCACCUGUGAAGACCCUGACUCCACCACAUCUCCACGUCAACUCGACAACCAGAAAUGGUCUUACAUGGUUGGGGCCGGCUUUGUGGUCAGCAUUUACUUCGUAUGCGCCUGUAUCGUCUUCUUCGGCGUCAGGGAGAAGAAAAAAGGGGUGGCUGACGGGGACGACCAAGUCGGCUUCUGCCAGGGUCUGAAACUGGUCUUCGGUUAUGGUCCCUAUGUCAAGGCCGCGAUGACCUUCCUAUUUCUUUCUAUAACAAUAUCAAUAGUGCAGGGGAACCUGGCCUUGUACUGCACGCACUCCCUCAACAUGGGGCCUCAGUUCACAAACUUCAUCCUGGUCUUGCUGCUCGUGUCUAUAUUCAGUAUGCCAGUAUGGCAGCUGGUGUUGUCUCGCUACGGCAAGAAGACAGCGUACGCUGCCGGCAUGAUCAUAUUCAUCCCAGUGCUGAUCGUUCAACUGUAUCUACCAAAAGACAAUCCGUAUCUCUACUACAUAACUGUAGCAUUCGCAGGCCUCAGUGUGUCAGUGUCAUUGUUGCUACCUUGGUCAGUGCUGCCGGACAUCCUGGACAUGUUCAUGCUGGAGAGGAAGACGAGGAAGGAUGCUCUCUUCUACUCCUUCUACGUGUUCUUCAACAAGUUCUCCGGCGGGAUGGGGCUGGCAAUAUCCCAACUUGCCCUGCAAUUCGGUGGUUACAAAACCGGAGCCUGUGACCAACCGGAAUCGGUGGACUUGACACUGCGCAUGCUCAUAGUUCCUGGUCCUGUGCUCUGCGUAAUAGUAGCUCUCAUGUUUCUGUGGAGCUACCCGAUUGACGAAGCCAAACGCAGACAAAUCAAGAAAGAUGUACACGAUAUUAUGACACGACCGGCCAAGACGUCCCGGGAAGACAGCGAACAGAGCAGCAUCUCCUAUGAGAGUAUACGGGUCACUUCCAGCACAGAGUUCUGAUCACUCACUCACUCACUCACCCCAGUGUACGAGUCUUCAAUAUGGGCAUCUCAUUCCAUGAUAUCAUUGCUGUGGUAGAGGACAAAUAACAUCACAAAGUUGUUCACAUAAAUAACUUCGCGUUUCCUUUUUUCCCGAAAGCUGGGUUUUUAUUAUGGUGUGGACUGGUUCAAAGAAUUAUGUCAAGGUGCCUGGUGCCAAUGUUCUGCGGUGUAGUGUGUGGUGGUGUCUACAGCAUGGUCUGCGGUGUGGUCUACACCAUGGUCUGCGGUGUGGUCUGCAGCAUGGUCUGUGGUGUGGUCAACACCAUGGUGUGAGGUGUGGUCUGCACUGGAGUCAAUGGUUGUCGUGCCUGGAUACUGGAUACGUGAAACAAAGGCUCACUUAAAGGGACAUUAAACAUGAUACAAGCAUGGUACAUGACACAGGAUGAUACAAACAUGGUACAUGAAACAAUUUGACAAACUAUGUUACAUGAUGACCGACAAAUGAUACAAUAACAUUACACAUGGUACAUUUAGGCUGAGAUUUUGUCUGGAGAUUAGAUAUAUUGCCAGCUAUGGCUGCAAAAUUUGAUAUAUUUUUUUAUUAAACCUAUGAGACUGAAAUUGUUUUGUAAUAAAACACCUUGCAACAGUGUAAUUUUGGUGGUAGGCAAAUUUUUUCUCAAUAGAUUAAUCAUUUUUUCAAGAUUUUUCUGGGACAGUAUAUUGUUUGCGAUAAACGUCAUGAAACAAACACGUGGUAUAUCAUUAUACAAACAAGCGGUCCAUGACACUUCAUAACAAUUCUUUAAAAACGUAUAUAUAUAUAUACGCAUCUAUAGUCACGUGUGUGUAUGUGUGUGAUGAUGAAUGAGUGUUGUUAUCAGUAUGUUUAUAUACGUACAGUGUUAAAGGUCUGGUGAUGUCCUCGUCGAACAACUUGUGCUAGGCACUGAUUGACCCUUAAACCAAGUGUAUCAAACGUCCAUUCUAUAAUGAUAAAUAUAUCGUUUUAGAAUGGAGAUCUAAUACUUUUGAUACACGAGGGUGAAUUUAUACUCAUCUUAUGUAUACAUGUUGCUCUGAUAUUAAAUAUAAUGUA